AUGAAUUCAUCGCUUCUUUCCUCCACAUCAAGGCUUCAUCAAAGUUCGGCAGCUUCUCCUUCCUCAUCCAUGAUCUCUGAGUCGUCAAUUCAUCAUCAUGGAUCAGGAGAUGAAGGCAGCAUGUUUUUCAAAAAUAGAAUGUCAUCCUCGGCCCUUAAUUCUUCCGUCUCGAGCCAAGCGUCGACAUCAUCUCGAUGGGAGGAAAUGAAAUAUCUGGCAAAGGAAAUCCACGAUAAUGCCAUUCGAAAAACAACUGGAUCACGCAAUGAAAGAAGCAAACUAAAUUAUGACAAUGAUGACAGUUUCCGACAAAUGAACACCUUCAGCAGAGAUUCGGGUAUGGUGCUUCCUUCAAGUCGUAACCUCAUAGAACAUACACUGUCGGAUACUCUUGAUUCAGCUUCUAGUAUUUUACAAAAGUAUAUUGACAAGUAUAAUUGUAGAGCAACAACAAGUAACAUUGAUUUGGAUGACUCCCUCACGGAUUUGUACAGCAGACUCUCUGAUGGAUUUCCGAAUACCACGACGACGAACCCACCUGUCACCAUCAAGAACACUCCAAACUAUCUUUUGGAUUCGUCAAUUUCAUCCGUAGCUCCACUUAAAUCAGUUUCAGCAAAUCCAAUGGAUGAUCUAUUGUCUAUAUGUUCAAGGUCAACCAUUACAACAAAUUCAGACGAGCUAUUCAGCAAGUUGGAUCAUUACUCGAAAAAAUACAAUGAGAAAAAAAAGGAGCCAAUGUACUUUGAGGUUAAAUCAAAAAAGUCCAAGUCGAGUGACUCAAUCUUCGACAGUGACAAGGAAAAUUUCAUUCCCAACAAGGGCUCGAAAACAAAGAAAAAAUCAACAACUCCAACGAAACGGCCUCAAUCUGUUAAAGUCAGUACAUUAAGGGAGUCAUCCAGUGAGACGAACAGAAAACGAUCGAAAACUCCAAGCAAGUCAUCCACUGCUCGAAGUGUCGCCACAACCUGCACAGCAACAUCAACCAAUAGCUCCUCCACAAACAAAUAUACAUCCACCACAAGAAAACCUCCAGUUCCUAAAUUUACAAAAUCCUCGACUACUACUCAAUCAAGCAAUACAAAGAAAUCCAACAAAGGUUCGGCGUCCUCAACUGUCAAAUCUUCAACGAGAGCAGAAGACAUUUCAGAUAUCUCUAGCCUUAGUGAAGAUGACGAGAAAAUGGAGUCUAAAUCUUGUCAAACAAGUAUGAUUCACACUUGUGUGGACACAAUGGAACGACCCUCAUCGGGCAAUACCAUGACCACAUUGGCAAGUAUUUCUUCCAGUGGCAUUCAUUCAUCUUCGAGUCCAAUGAUUGGUUCAACAAAUGAAAUUGCAUUUAAAAUUGUGGGAUCUACCGAAAAUAUUGAAAAGGUGGAGGUGUACUUGAAAAAUUCUCAAAAACAGUCGUAUUCAUGCUCUUCUUCCAAUGCAUCAGUAACAAGCGAAAAACUUGAUCCAGCAUCUGAUCUGAGCGGUAGUUUUAACUUGAAUGUACCAGAAGAAGAUGUUUCGAAUACUUUGAAACCUCUCAAGUCACUCUACAGCAAAUAUUUCACACAAUAA